UGUUAUGGCAAUAAAAGUUUUAUCAAUCCUGUCACCUUAUGAGUCCUUUUGAUUCAAUAAGAAGAUAGAAGAUAGAAACCUCGUAAGAUUUUGUUAAACGAUAUGACGGGAUUACCUAAACUACCAGGAUUCGCCUUUAGAGAUCCCACACUUACCAAGUUCCAUUUAUCGCAAACGUUUAAUCUUUGCAAUGGGUACAAACUGCCAAAGAAUCAGUUUUGCGGCAUUGGUGGUCGAGAAUUGGACUCGAACUCAGUGAAGCAUCUGCCGAAGUACGAUGUCGCUAGGUACGACCCUUCCUUAACUUACGGACGUGUUAAGAAUGAAGCGCUACCUCAGUUCACACCGCAUUACGUUUUGUAUGACCAGAAAUGUCUCACGUUCAAAGCGUUCUUCAAACAGCCCGUGGUCGAGUCACCAUACGAGUUUUACAGGGUGAGGCACGUGAACAUCAUUUAUUUUCUGGAGGAUGACACGAUCAUUGUUAUGGAACCGAGGACGCCGAAUAGCGGAAUUGACCAAGGAAGGCUUAUUCGAAGAGGUAAGAUUCCCAAAGAUGACAGAGGAACUUACUACCAUUGGAAAGAUCUAGAUGUUGGAAAGGACUUGGCGUUCUAUGGAAAAGUAUUCCAUACUGUUGACUGUGAUGUUUUCACUAAAGAAUACAUGGCCAGCCAAGGUUUGAUAAUGGGUGAUCCAGAAGAAAUGCCUGUGGAUCCCUACACAUUUAAUAGACAACUAGUUGAAAAGAGCACCAUCAUGCCAGUUUCUAACAAAACAUCAGGCACUGAGGACAAAUUACGCAGAUUUUUGGAGUAUGAUGGAAAAGUGCUGAAAUUCCAAGCCGUUUGGGAUGAUAGAGAAAAUGAAUAUGGCGAACUGAUGAAGUUUGAAAUCAUGUAUUUUCUAUCAGAUGAUACGGUGAUGGUUAAGGUAGUUCAUGGAAAGAACAGUGGCAGAGAUCCGUAUCCUGUUCUGUUGAGAAAAACCAAACUGCCAAAGAGAUAUACUGACACACCUGCGGCGUUUCCAUCAAUAUACUUGGAGACGACCGAUGCAGAAGUAACAGAAUAUUACCAACCAAAAGAUUUCGUAAUUGGUGAUACGGUAUUCGUGUUUGGUAGAGAUUUGCUAAUAUACGAUUGUGACAAAUUCACAAGAGAAUAUUUCCGAAAGGCUUUGCGUAUCGAACAAGGAGAAGCAUUGGAUAUCAGCGAAGAAGUUGAAGAGGAACCUCCGAAACAAGUGCCACCUCACGAUGGACUUGGCAGCCUGGAAGAUUCUCUGCAGAAUACUAUCACUUUCCUGCCCAAACCUCCAAAGAAGGACGUCAUGAGGCAGAUACUCAAUGCCAACAAAUAUCUCAGAUACGAGAUGGUGAUGGACGCAGUUCAUCCAGAAGACGAAAUUCGCCGUUUCAUCAUGUUGCACUCUUUGGCAGACGGUACUUGCAAAGUUACAGAACCGCCUAUAAAGAACUCCGGGAUAUUAGGCGGCACCUACUUAAGGAGCAGCUUAUUGGUCAAACCUGGAUCCGAUCCGCUCAAUCCCAGCUACUAUACGCCAGCAGAUUUCUAUAUCGGUGCUGUAAUCACCAUUUUUUCUCAGAGGUUCAUAAUCGUUGGAGCCGAUUUGUAUGUCUACAGGUAUAUGGAAGCAAAUGAGAGCAAAUUCCCAUGCGAGGUAAUUGAAAACCUGAGGAAUUACAUGUACACCAAGGGUUAUUUGAAAGAUGACGAGAAAGAUGCCGUCAAAACAGUUUUGGAGAAAGAAAGGAAAUGGGACUUGGAUCCAAAGGGUCGCAGGAGGAAGACGAAAUACGAAGAAUGCCUGGAAGACCUGCGUGUAGGUGUCGGUCGCGAACCGGAGUACGUGGAGACUAAAAUGGCAGAGCUGCGCCAGGAAUACGAGGACUCGAUCAAGUACAAGGCUUCACCUCAUCAAUACGGAAUCAAGGAAGUCAACACCACAUGCCCAUAUCCGGUUGCAAUUGGAAAUAUCAAAGAUGCGGAGUGCACCGAUGAUAUUAUCGGCCAAUACACAUCGUACACCCCCCAACAUAUUGACACAGAAGAAGAGAAGGUUGCGAAGCAUUACACGAAGGUGUUGAAGAAACAAAAAGAGAUUUGCGAUGGAUCUCAUCCAAUUGAAUGCGUUGAUCUUCCGUCAACCGACACAGCAGGCACUUGUCAGGAUAAGAACGAUAACGGGUCAAAACCAGUGAUGGUAUCUCCACCAGUAAUGGUCGAGGGAGACUGUAGACAGAAGAAAGUGACAUUUACGGAAUCCUUGGAAGAAAGAUGUACGAGGGAUCGUGACGACCUCUGCGACUUGAAGAGAGAAAAAGAACAUUGUCGUUGUACAGACUACGAAAAAUAACCUUAAUUUAUACCUUAUUAUGUAUAAAUGCUGUAAUAAAAAUCAUUGAAAACAA